AUGAAACUCGCAGUUGCUGUAUUGUCAUCGAUCCUGUUUGCCUGCUCGAUUACUACAGCCAAUCCAGUUGAUCCCAAUGAAAGUACAGAUGCUGAACAUAGGAUUUUUACCGGCACUCCCACUGUACUUAAAGGUGUCGAAUAUAAUUUUUGGAUAGAUGCUAAUCCAGACGGUAUAGGCUUGGGUGCUCUUGAUGAUGCACUUUCAGAUAACGUCAAGCAUUUACUCGAUAAAUACGUAGAGUUACAGGAUGGUCGUAAUCAGCAAAGAAAAAUAUAUUGGCCGUUAAAAUCUCGAUAUGACAGUCAAUAUGACGUGGUAGUGGGCGUGAAAAAAGAUCUUAAAGUUCUGGAAUAUCUAUCUCAAGACGAUGACAGCCUAAAAUAUUAUAUUGAAAUUCGGAAGACUAAGCUUGAUCAUGAAAAACAACUAUCCAAACUUGACAAAAUUCGAAAAAGUUUUUAUGAGUGCCAGUUCAAGAUUGGUCUUCUUGUAGAAAAAAAGUCGGAAACCGAUGAACGGAUUGUGAGUCUCAUUUUAGGAACCCCUCUGGAUGUUGUAACAGUUAUUUACAAAUCUUCGCUUAUCAGAGGAACGCCUUCCGUUAAAGAUUACCUUGAACAACAAUCAUCAAAAUACGAGAGUCUUGGCCAAAACCCUAUUGAUCAAGAAUAUCAGAAUCCUAGUGACCAACAACGUCAAGAUUUGCAAUCGUCAUUGGAUACACUAUCUGGAUCUGGAUCCUUUGAACAGAAAGUGCCCUCCAAUAAACGUCAAGGUUUUUCCAAGUUUAUGAGUAGAUUGGGAUCAUUCUUUGGACGACCCAAACGUGAGGAUCGCGAACCAUUGAUUUGA